AUGGACAGAGUCGUCAGGAAGCUCGGCGCUAAGAAAAGAAUGCCGGGCCCUAACGACAUCCCGGGCACAAUCUGGGCUUUGGCAAUGAGGAUAGGGGAGGGGGGCAAGGCGGAGGAUAGCCCUUCCGCUUACAGGCCGAUAUGCCUGCUGGACGAGGCGGGUAAGUUAUUCGAGAGAAUAAUAUACUCCCGCCUCGUCCGGCAUCUAUCCCGGGAUAGUUCCACGCUCAGAAAGGAGCAGUACGGUUUCCAGGAGAGACGGUCAAGCGUGGACGUGAUUCUGCGCGUCCGGUCCCUAUUGGAGGCCGAGGCGAUCGGGGAACCACCUAGGACUCGGAUCCGAAUUAAUAACGUCUCCGUGAAGGCGGGUCCCACAUUGAAGUAUCUGGGACUCGUCAUGGAUGUUACAUGGGGUUUCCACAAACAUUUUGAGUUUCUGGCCCCUAAGUUGGGCAAGGUGGCGAACAUGUUGGGUACCCUCCUGCCCAACCUCGGCGGUCCAAAAAGAAAGGCGCGGUGGCUAUAUGUUGGCGUAGUUUACUCCAUCGCCCUUUAUGGGACCUCGAUCUGGGCGAGUGAGAUGGCGACCAAGCAGCACAUCAUAGCGUUGGGACACCGCGCUCAGCGGAGCUCCAGAGUGGAGGAGACUAAGAACAUCUGGCCAGGGCCAUAUGUUUGGCUAAAGAGCAGGCCAAUCAUCGCCUCCUUAGGUGAAACCUCCACCUGGAGGGAGCGACCGGCCUGUCAGGACGGAAAGUCGCCGAGACUAUCCGGCCCUGUCUAUAGGAAUGUGUAG